GUGAAGUAAUCUUCUGUUUUAGUGUUUACAAAUUAUCUCAGAAAUAUAUUCAUUGUUAUCAAAAACAACAGAGUUAAACCCCAUUAUGGCAAAUAUUGCCGCUGCAAGAAUACAGAGAGAGUUUAAAGAAGUUGUUAAAAGUGAAGAGGUAGCAAAAUGCAGCAUUAAGGUUGAGUUGGUAAAUGACUCGUACAGUGAACUUCGAGGGGAAAUAGCUGGACCUCCUGAUACACCAUAUCAAGGAGGAAACUUUCACUUGGAGAUAAAAAUUCCAGAAACUUAUCCAUUUAAUCCUCCAAAGGUGAAGUUUCUCACAAAGAUUUGGCAUCCUAAUAUCAGUUCAGUGACAGGGGCUAUUUGCUUAGAUAUUUUAAAAGACCAGUGGGCUGCUGCUAUGACCCUCCGGACCGUCCUUCUAUCUCUACAGGCAUUGUUAGCUGCUGCUGAACCUGAUGAUCCACAGGACGCAGUGGUAGCCAAACAAUAUAAAGAAAAUAACGAGAUCUUUAAGAAAACUGCUCGACAUUGGACAUAUACAUAUGCUGGAGGUCCUCAGAGGGAGACAGAUUAUGAAGCUAAGAUACAACAAGUGAUGAAUAUGGGAUUUGAUGAGGAGAAGUUUGGUGAUAAUGUGAGCCAGUGCUAA